AUGGGCACAAUUAUCGGGUUACUCUAUUAUCUCCACGAUCAAGCCCACAACAAAUGGCCUGCAGGCCUGACGAUAAUCACGGUUCUUUCGAAGAUCGCCUCGGCAGCACUCAUUCUGCCUAUAUCGGAGGCUAUCGGGCAGCUGAAAUGGACCUGGUUCCACGGGAAGAAGUCCAGAGACGCAUUCGACUUCGAGAUAUUUGACAAAGCAUCGCGCGGUGCAUGGGGAUCGUUCAUGCUCCUGUGCCGAACGAAGGGCAAAUCACUUGCCGCACUAGGUGCACUGUUGACAGUCCUGCUACUUGCGAUUGAUACUUUCUUCCAGCAGGUUACCGACCUCAAUGAGCGUUGGAAGCUACAGGGCAACAGCUCGAUUCCACGAACCGUACGAUAUACCCCUUCCCUCGCCCUUACAUACGACAGCACCUGGGACAAUGAACCCGUGGCCACGAUGAACCAAGACCUCAAGAGGGCCCUGGAUCCAUUUUUCUUUGACCAAAAUGGCACACGUCCGUUUCUCACCGAGGGUGGUCCUCAGGCUGAGAUACCACUAGUGUGUCCAACUAGUAGAUGUACUGCCUGUGGCUAUUUCCUGAACGCGACGAGUUCACUGCCUGUCCUGAUGUCCGGGUACAGAGUCGAAAACAGCACGGAUUCCCCUUAUGGAGAGACCCUUCUCAUGCGCACGCUACCGCUCGUCACAAACCCUUUGAGGUCACCACUGUACGGGGGUUCUAUCAACUUCAAGCACAUGAACUAUCCUAUCAUCGAUGCGAUAAUCGUAAGCGCAGCGGAUGGCUCCUCCGAGAGCGUCUAUCGCAAAGCCCUCCCAGUGGCUCACGAAUGUGUCUUAUCCUGGUGUGUAAAGACACUUCGCUCCUCAUACGCACGAGGAGGUUACAAAGAGGAGGUCAUCGAGACCUUUACCAACACGACACAGAUCAAAUACCCAUGGUGGGGCGAGAGUGUGGGGCUUGGCAUGACGCUGACUGAGUUUGAUGCAAAUAUCACGAUAACUCCACCUACCAACGACAACUAUACGACCACUUAUGGCGUCUCAAACGAGACGUUCAUGAACACAAUCUUUGUUCUGGACGAAGUGUUCCCCUCCCUGAUUACUGUCACCGAGCCAUCGGCCAAGCCAUAUCUGAAGAUCAGAACUAGCUUCAUCGAUCAGGUCAUGUUUCGAGAAGUUCGUCAGGUCUGA